GAGCUGCAAUAACACAUGACAAUAACCUUUUACGGGUCCAAAGAAGAAUUGAAAUCGCUCGAACCGACUCGAGUCGACUUGACUCGAACCACUGGUUAUUGGUUCGACCACAUACAUCGUACGUUCUUAUAUUCUUCAAUUCGAGUAGGGGCUGGGGCUCGGAGAGAGAGAGAGAGAGAGAGAGAGAGAGAGGAUGUCGACGGUGUAUGUGCUGGAGCCGCCGACGCGGGGGAAGGUGGUGGUGAGGACGACGAUGGGGCCGCUGGACAUCGAGCUGUGGCCGAAGGAGGCGCCCAAGGCGGCGCGCAACUUCGUGCAGCUCUGCCUCGACGGCUACUACGACCGCACCAUCUUCCACCGCGUCAUCAAGUCCUUCCUUGUCCAGGGCGGCGACCCCACCGGCACCGGCACCGAUUUAACCAUAGGGGUUUAGUUGCAUGUGCAAAUGCUGGUACACCUCAUUCAAAUGGAAGCCAAUUCUUUAUAUCACUCGACCGUUGUGAUUGGCUUGACCGGAAGAAUACAAUUUUUGGAAAGGUCACAGGAGAUUCCUUAUAUAACCUUUUGAGGCUGGGAGAGGUUGAGACUGAUAAGGAUGACCGACCAUUGUAUCCCCCUCCAAAAAUCCUCUCUGUCGAGGUAUUGUGGAAUCCUUUUGAUGAUAUCAUACCGAGACAAGUCAUUGAGAAGUCUCACUCUUCAGCCAAAGCUGAUGCUGAGGGACAAAAACAGAAGGCAAAAGCAGUUAAGCAGUUAAAUGUGUUAUCUUUUGGAGAAGAAGUAGAAGAGGAGGAAGAUGAGGCAGAAACUAUAAAGGGCAAGAUCAAGAGUAUUCAUGAUGUAUUAGAUGAUCCUCGUUUUCUGAAAGAAGAAGCGGGAAAAGAACCAUUGACUGUGGAGGAAGUGGAAAGGAAAAAGGGUGCUAUUUUAUCGGUGAGAGAGGCUUUAAGCUCAAAAAAAGGCGACUCCAAAGACUCGGAAUUUAAUUAUCAGGAAACUGAUGAUCAUAGUGAUGAGGAUGCUGAUGAUGGUGAUGAGGCUAAAUUUGAUGCACGGAUGCGCUCGCGAAUUCUAAGAAAGCGGAUGGAGAUGGGAGAUAUUACUACUCGUGAAAAGCUAACUGCUGAUAAAUCGAUUCGCAAGGAUUCUGAGAGGUCAGCUACAAGUAGAGAGAUUGAUGGUUCUGAGCAUCAGAUCUCCAACAAGGGUGAGAAGCUCUCUCUGAAGAAAAAAGGUAUUGGAUCGGAAGCCCGGGCUGAAAGAAUGGCCAAAGCAGAUGCUGAUUUGCAGCUACUUAGUCACGCGGAGCAAGAAAGACACAUGCAGAAGCAGAAGAAGCGCCGGCUUCAUGGUCGUGAAGAAGAUACACUAUCGAAGUUGGAGAAAUUUAAAGCUGCUUUCUUCAAAGAGAUCCCUGCUCCUAGUACUAGUAACUCGAGGGGUAAAGAGGAGGAAGAUCAUUCAGGAUGGCACACGAACAGGUUGAAAUUUAUACCUGAGCCUUCUGAAAAGGUAAUCUUAGUUAUUCUCCCUAUCUCUCAUACAAGUGAUCAUUUAUAUCAGAUAAUAAUUUAUGAUAAGCUGAUAAACAUUUUCCAGAAUGGCAUGGCUCGGAAAGAUGAUCCGAAUGACUAUGUGGUGCACGAUCCCCUUCUUGAAAAGGGUAAAGAGAAGUUUAACAAGAUGCAGGCGAAGUUGAAGCGAAGGGAGCGUGAGUGGGCAGGCAAAUCUCUUACUUAAUCAUCGCAGACAAAUCUCUUAAUCAUCAAAUCAAAAGGGACCAGUCUCCUGGUAGUUGUAAUUUUUGUAACCUUAGAUAGUUUUCCAACUAACAUGGCUUUGUUUAAGGGAGUUGUCAUAGUUUAUUGCGUAAUUACUACCUCUGUGGAAGCUCUCCUGUACAACUUUUCGCGUGAUUAUCUGAAGUACUAAUUCUCUGUAUUCUUGAUCCCGGAUUCUACAAGAAUUCGGGAUUGAUGCCAACAUGUCACUAUUAUAGUUCAA